AUGACAUAUCUCUGGAUGCUAUUCAUCUUGCCUCUCAUUGCUGCCGACCAGAGGACAACAGUCAAUUUCCCAACGAAUUCUGGCAGCUCGUCUACGCAGAAAAGAGACUCGAAUGGUGGCAAAACGGAUAAUGGAGGGAACGGAGGGGAUUCGUACUACGUAGUCCCGAACCCUGUACUACCCGAACGACCCCCAAUGAUGGUGGGUCCGCCAAACAUGGACGUUGCAGUAGCUCAAACGUACGCCAACCCAAACAUGAUGGGUUAUUAUAGGACUCCUGUGGUUGGUGGUGUUUACGGACCCCCUGAACCUCAGACGUUCCAGCCGGUCGGUCCAGGUGCCGUCUUUCCUCAAGGAACACCCGACGUUCCAAACUUUUACUUCAACGCCGGCUUCAAUAAAGGCAUCGGAUUCCGCGUUCCAGAUGCUCUGACCGGUGCCAAAUACUUGGGCGCUGGCCAGCACACUCCGUUGGGCGAUUUGUGGGCCGUCAAAGCCGAAUUGUUGCCGGCCAUCUUCAAGACGGGCUUUUUCAUCACGGCCAUCAUUGCCAUUUUGAAAGUGAUCGUAUUUUUAGUCCACGCUAAGACUCUUCUCUUGCCUUCGCUCAUUUCAGUAGCCAAACCAGCACUUCCAGUCGCUUCCAUCACGGUCGAUCGUUCGUCUACCAAAACCGAUGAAAGCACACGCUCAAAACGAGAAGCGUCCGGCAGUCCGGUUGUCGAUCCCGACACGGAUUUUGAUCAGAUUCUGUCUCAAUUGGAAACGAUUCGAUCUCGUUUUGAACAUCAAGACUGA